CUGCUGGCAGUCGACUGGCAGCUGUGGGAAGAGGUGGAUGUACGUCACUCUCUCUCCCGAUCCUGCCUGAAUUUAUACCCCCGUUACCGCUAGUGCUCGCCAUGACCUCGGCCUGACGAUGUGCAGACUGAAAUGACCUCAGGGCGCGCGUGCUGAGGACUUACAGGAGGGGAAGUGCUGCGGGGAGGACAGUAAAUCGAAUUAUUGGGUUGUCCCGCCCCUCACACCAGCUGACCUGACCCCUGACCCCGCCCCGCCGCCGCCAUGAACGGGGACGCGGCGCCCAGCUUCACCUCGCCGCAGCAGGAGGCUGAGUACUGGCGGAAGAAGGCCAUGGAGUACAAGCAGAGCCUGGAGGAGACCCGGGAGGAGCUGGAGGAGUUUCAGAGUGGUAGCAGGGAGCUGGAGGCGGAGCUGGAGGCGCAGCUGGAGCAGACGGAGACAAGAUGUUCGGAAUACCAGGCGCAGCUCAACCGGGUGGCCAUGGAGAAUGACUCGCUGAAGGAGCGGCUCGAUAGGCUGCAUAACGAGUUCAACGGGCAGGUGAACACGCUGCAAUCAGAGCUGGUGGACAUCAAAAGCAUCAAGGAAGAGCUCACGCGUUACAUCAGAGAGCUGGAACAGGCCAACGAUGAUCUGGAGCGAGCUAAAAGAGCUACAGUGACCUCCUUAGAGGACUUUGAGGCCAGACUAAACCUAGCCAUCGAGCGCAACGCCUUCCUUGAGUCUGAACUGGACGAGAAGGAGGACCUCAAGGUGACGGUGCAGAGACUCAAAGACGAGGCCAGAGACCUGCGGCAGGAGCUGAGCAUCAAGGACACCUCAGAGCCAGACAACGACAAGGCUCUCAUGCACCGCCACCACCACUCCUCCUCACCCCAGAAGCUACACAUCCAGCCGCCCCCGAAGCUGGACGUGGCCCUGCCCCCGUCACCCGCAGGAGAGUCGGCGGUGGACUCCAACAAACUGGUCUCCAAUGGUACCCAACUGUCAGAUUCAGUCCCCACCACUCCUGUCGUUAUAUCUCCACCCUUGCACAACAACAACAACAACAACAUGAGCAACGGCAGCGUGCCCAUGACUCCCUCGGCAAGAAUAUCUGCACUUAACAUUGUGGGGGACCUCCUAAGAAAAGUCGGGAUGAAAAUUCAGCAGAUAAACCGAGACUUGAAUAGGGUGAACUCAGUAUUCAGAGCAGCAGCCACCACCCCCACCACCACCAUCCUCGCACCACCGUUACCCCCGCCUAGGCCUGCACCCCCUCCAGCCAGCCUCCCUCACCCCCAGGGAGGCCUCCAGAGGACUCGGUGCGGCGCAGCUUCCUUCCCCCGUUGCCAGCGGCCCCCAGAGGACCCUCCCCCACAGGGACCCCAGCGGUGACUGUGGGGUGGGGGCAGGGUGGUGGAGGGAGACAGAGAGGAGACUGCACAUCCCCAACAAGCUGCCCAGUGGAGGGUGCCGGGCUGCCUCCACCCACCACCAGCGGCACCAGCAGCCGCUGCCUCACUGCAGCAGCUUCCUCUACACCAACGCUCACCCGCUAUCCAUCACUAAAAAGGAGUAUUUUUUCUGAAAAGCAAGAGAAGCGGUCUGUUGUAACUGUCUCCCGGAGAAAAAGGACAAAUUGAUCUGGGAUUGGCAUGUACAUAGUUAAGUUACUUGAUAUAUAUAUAUAUAUUGUAUCUGAACUCUUUUUGAGAAAGAGGUGACUGUCCAAGCGAGAGAGGAGGAGGAGGAAAAUGCGUGUUGUGAUCUGCUCCCACAGUUUUCUUUCAGUCGAGUGAUAUGGGUCUGUUGUACACUCUAAGAAAUAGCCUGUGCAUUAGUGCUUGAAAUUCUACACUAAACACAAGUGACAGUGAUAAGAAGACCACAUGGAAAAAAGGAAACCUUCUUGCAAGCAUUGCCCCUGUCUGUGUAUGUAUUCUUUGCUGUCUUACUCUGUGUCUAGUGGAGCAGCAUGAAUGAAAGAACAGUUGUGAAGGUUUGCUUGUGUCUAUAUAUAUAUGUAUAUCACUUCUUUUCUCUUAAUUUUCAUAUUUCUUUUGGGGGGGCUGUGUAAAGCUGUGGGCACCAACUUGGACCCAUGUAAAAUUUGAUCAUGAUUUUCCCAUACAUCAUAACCUUUCAUAAAUUCCUACCCGAUUCACUCCUUCAAAAGUUAUUAUACUAACCACUCAUCAUCCUUUAAGGUCUAUAUCAUACUCCUUAGUGCCCCUCAAGGAACAAAGAACAGCCUCUCAGCCUUGCAGCCCCCUCAAAGUCUGCCUCACACCACAUGCUGCGUCAGGCCAGCCACUCACCUCGCCACCCAGAGCUGCUGCUUCACAUCCUUGUUCACUUUGACAUGACUGGGAGGAGAGACAAGGACUGGUGCCACAUCAACCCAAUGCCCGGCUGACUCACAGACAGAUUCCCACCAGAAGCCAUCACUGCAACUAAGAAAGCUGACUGAGGAAUCCCAAUGCCUUAUCUUCCACACUCCCUGUCCCUUCAUCCAAGCCAUUGUACAUAAGUGUGGCAGUCACAUUCUCAGGACAGACAGAAAGUCUUACUCUCACUCUGCAAACUGGCUGUUCCCCUGCAUUACAACUUAGGGGACUUGCUGCUAACACUAUGAAGUCUGGUUGUAUUGCUCUCUGACCCACAUAAAGCCACGAGUCUCCUGAGCUGAGGCAAGAAGUCUGCUGGCUCUUAGAGAAGCAACAUGAGAGAGCAGUGGAUGGUUUAUUCUUCUGGCAAUGUGAUCCAUCACCUCCUAGGUUUACAUCCUCCACUGGUUUUUAUAAUGUGCGUCUAUAAACGUAUAUUUUUGUUAGACCUUGGUUGGAAAAGUAUGGUAUGUGAAUAGUCACAAAGAAUUUUUUUUAUUUUGCUAUUUUGGGUGUAAUCUGGACAAAUGGAUUCGAAAUUGAUUACUGAAGAUGUUUAAUUUGAUUGGUUUAAACUUAUUAAAAAUUUAGCUUGAA